AUGGCGGAAAAAGACGAAGGGAAAAAGACGGAGAAAAGAACAAACAGAGGAAUAACUUGGCCCGAUACUUCAACAAUUGCAUUACUGAAUAUUUGGCAGGAAGAAGAGAUUCGAAUAUCGCUAGAAAACUGCAAAUCAUCAAAAGAAAUAAGAGCUACUUAUCGAACAAUCACGGUCAGUUUUUGGAGUUUAAUACAUUGAAAAAAGUUGCGUGAAAAUAAAAUAUUUUAUAUUCUACAUUGCAGUUGGAAUUGCACAAAAAAGGUUUCACUAACUACACACUCGAAAACGUCGUUAAUAAGAUGAAAAAGCUGAGGCAACGCUUCAAAAAAGAAGUCGACAUUGCAAAGAAAAGUGGAAAAGGCCGAGCAAAACCUUGGAAAUUCUUCCAAACGUUGAACGAAAUUAUCGGUCACAGACCAAAUGUUCGUCCUGCAUUUUGUAUCGACACAUCAGCAGGCGAAAAGGAAGAUAAUACAGAUAUAGAAAGUGGAGAGGAACAAGAAACAGGUAGCAAUAAAAUUUGGCUUCAAUAACUAUUAAACGUUUGUUUUCUCCACUAACAUUUGGCUUUGAGGUUUUGUGUGAUAUAUAAUAUUACAGUAUAUUUCUAUAUAACACUUUUUGUAGUAAUAAAUUUACGUGGUGUUUCCACAAACAAAAAGUGUUAUAUAUUUUAUCGCCAUGCAAUCAUACAAAGAACUUAGUAUAUUAUAGUUGAAUUUUCCCAUUUUUUCUCCAUCACACUGUAAGUAUUUUAAUUACCGUGACCCACGACCAUGUUUUGAAUUAAAUGCAAACUUACCAAAUUUUGAUAAUUUUGUGACUUGGGUGGGUGGUUUACUUGUUUAUAAAAAUAGGUCAAAUGAUGUGGGAUUAAGACAGGCAAAUGAGGAGGGGAUGGGUCAUGUUUCCUUGGGGUGGGCUUUCUAAUGACAAAUUUAUGAAUAAGAACUGAAGGUAUUUAAAUAUGCACCUAUUAUUAAAUGUUAAUCACAGCAAGGCAACCCCCCCCCCCAGAAAUUAUUUGCUAUUAAAUUAAUGAGGGAACAUUUGACAUUAGUGACAUGUUGUAUUUGACUAUAACUGGUGUGCAAGGUGGAAAAUUCACAGGAGAAUUCAAAAAUAUGUCAGCAGAGAAUUCCAACCUCUCUCACCCUGGAGGUUAACUUUGAUAGAAAGAUAUACAGUAUAGAAAGAUAUUUCAACUUACACUUUACAGAAGACAAUUAAAUGUCUUUCAUGAAUGUCUCCCCAACACUAGAAAAUUCUUCAGCAGUUGAAUGCAAAAUAUGCUAUACUUUGUUUGUUUAAGCCAAUAAAAAACAUUUAUAUAUUUAUAUAUAAAUAGUUAUAGAAUCUCUGAAGAGAAAAUAUGGGGAAGGAAGGAUGCUUGAUAACGUUUGUCAGAAAUGCGGGUAUGAGGCAGAUGUGGAAUUAUUUUCAGCUGGUGUACAUGAAUCUAAAAGUGGAUGCAUUAGGGCAUAUACAGAUGAUGACACAUUUGUAUGUCCCAGAUGCCCUGUUGCCAACAACUCAGACCAAGGUAAUUCACACAUUUCAAUAUUUUAAGCAUUGUUAUUUUUAAGUACAUGCAAAAUCAGUGAAAUGUUUAAAAUAUAUAUAUUGAUGUAAGUAUCCUGAAAGUAUUAUUUAUUUAUAGAGGACGAUGAUAAUGAAUUUGAAAAGUCAAUCCUCGAUGCUCAAGUAUCUGAACCUGUUGGUAAGAACAACAAAUUUAUUGAAAUACAGAGGAUAUGCUAA